GCUCCACUGUCCUCGUGGCUCUGCGGACACAUUCAAGUGUCACGCAGGACCUGCGAGGUUAAUGGGAAGAACCAUUGACCGUGAAUUGUACACGGGCAUUGUACUGACUGAGCACUUAUGUCAUCACACGGGCUCUAGAGCCCGCCUUGGAUACGAUAUAAAAGAAUUAGCACAACAAUUGGAUCGCAACCAAAGACCCCCAAGGAUGGUGUCCACCAGCAGUAUCUUCGCCUUUGCUUUCACCUUUCUUGAAGGUAUCCUACAAUCUCGUACCGCCCCGCUCAACUGCAGCCUCGUCGAUCUGAAUGGCGCGCAGUACGUGUACCUAAGAAACAGCACCGACUCCCAGGCAGCUCUUCCCGGGAUCCGCUCGAACUAUCACCUCUCAGAUGCUUUGAAAGCUGCGGGUAGCAAGGCGAGUGCGGGGAACGAUCCCCUUGUGCUGAUCAAUGCUGCCCCGUUCCAGGGCGAUAAUUUUGGAUUUGAGAUGUGCAACUCCAAGUAUAUGCGAUUCCCUUCCAACACGGUCACUCCGUCCGGGAAAAAGCAUUGGUAUGGCCACAUCCGAGUUUAUGGGGAUCCGUACUCCGCAGACCUACCAAAGCUUUGUGUGACGAAGCGAUGGAUAUCCCCUGGACUUGAAUUUCUCACCGCCGAAGCAUGUUCGUACGCUGACGACGUUUCCCAAGAGGGUCAAUAUUACGACUUGUUGGAAUUGGCAACUGGAUACGAGAUUGCGGACUACUCCCUCACUGCCGUCGGCGCACCCAAGGGGACGGUAUCAAAGAAAUACUACUACAAACCAGGGAUAUCGAAUGCACUCGCAUUAAGGGUCUAUCCUGACGAGAACACAGGAUACACUUUAGGCAUCGAGUACAUACAUUACAAUUGAGACCUGUGGGCGAAUAAUUGACAGCGACCAAGAUGUGGUGGAUUGCAAUGUUGUCCGUCUUGUAACAAUCUCAUGAAAGCGGGCAUCGCGACUGCGACUAUAUGCCUGUCCCCU